UAUCUAAUACCUUAUAACAUGGAUUAUGCAUAAGAUUGUACCUCUUAUCCUUCACAGGGUCGCUGUGAGCCUGGAGCCUAUCCCAGGGUACUUGGGGCACAACACAGGGGACGCCCUGGAUGGGGUGCCAACCCAUUGCAGACCAAAGUAAUGGCAAUUAUAUUUUUAAGACAUUACUGAUACAGCCUGCUGUAUGUCAAAACCUAGUACAACACAGUACUAUAGUUGUUUGAUUAUCAGCCACUCAGGUCCUUGGACUUCACUCAUUCAUUGCCAGUAGCUGCGUUAUCCUGGUCAGGGUUGCGAUAGAGCUGGACCCUGUCCUGGGGAUACUGGAUGUGAGACCUGAAUACACUCUGGAUGUCACAGGGUACCAUGCACACACAUCCACACCUAGCCAAUCCACCUACCAUCAUGUUUUUGGGAGGUGGGAGGGAACCGGAGAACCUAGAGGAAACCCAGGUGGACACAGGAUGGAAAACUGAGCUCAGGAUCAAACCAGGGGCCCUGGAGCUAUGAAGAAGCAACACUACCUAACCUUUUUUGGAGUUCAGUUCUAAAGAAACCAUGAGCCGUACAGAAUACAGCAUUGUUGGGAGGGGUUAUAUGUGAAUAUGAGCUUCCCCUAGACCUAUAUACCCACCUGUUCACAUGUAUUUGGACUUCUGAUACUAUAUAAAAGGUGCAGCUUUGUGCAUAGCUGUCUCAGGACUAAACAAGUUAGGGUAUACUGACUUUUAGGCUAAAAUGUAAAAGCUAAAGUGAACUUACAGGAAGCAGUGAGGAUGCUGUAUUUACUGUGUCUCACAUUAGUGACCCUGGCUCUGCAACCGGCACUCUCCCUCUAUAACUGCUCCUCGCUUUAUGAGAGGGUGCCAAAUAAUGAUGACCUGAAGGUGGACUGUGGAGUCAACGUCAUCAAACUGGAGGUUAACCUGUGCACAGUACAGUGGGCUGGCUUCGACCCCACCAGCCUGGCCCUCAAUGGCAUGCACAAUAAUAGCCAGUGCAAUGGCACUAUAGACACCAGUGUGAACCCUCCAGUCAUCCGGUAUCAACUAGCUGUCAAUGACAGUCAGGGCAACUUGUGCCGACAGUCACUUCAGAUUGUAAACGAGGUUCCCAGCGCCUCUGGACCAUUCAGCCAGUUCUCCACAAUCCAGUCGGUCAUUAUCACCAGCUACAUUGACACCCCAACCUCCUCAGCAGGUGUUGUCAGCUAUUCCACAGACCUCUUCUAUCGCUUCUCCUGCCGUUACCCUCUGGAGUACCUCAUCAAUGACACCAAGAUAGUGGCAUCAUCAGUGUCAGUGGCCACCAGUGAUAACAAUGGAAGCUUUAUUGAUACUCUCAGCAUGAACGUGUACAAUGAUUCAACCUUUUUCUAUCCAUUGGUGGUUCCACCUAGGGGACUACAACUGCGAACCAAGGUCUACGUAGAGGUCAAAGCAGCUAAUCUUUCUGGGAAUUUUAAUCUCCUCCUGGACCACUGCUAUGCAACUCCAUCACCUUACAGCUCCAACAACAGUGAACAAGUGGACUUUUUUACUGUAUGUAACUCUGACACUCGGACUGUGGUCCUGAGCAAUGGGGUCUCCAAAAACAGCAGGUUCUCCUUUGAGGCAUUUCGUUUUGUGGAGCAUCGCAACCUAGACAAGUCCUCUGUCUUCAUUCACUGCAUACUGAGACUCUGUGAGCCAGACAAAUGCCUGAACAUUAUCAACAGUUGCACAAGCAACCUUGGUAGAAGAAAGAGAGCUGUGGAGGUGCAGACUGGACAACCGACCACAGCCACUAUGUCAAUGGGGCCACUUUAUACAGCCGCCCAAACUGCUGACCCAACUGCUUCUGCUUAUGCAGGAGGCACCGGACUGUCCAAUAAAAUCCAGGAUAACAUGGCUGGGGUGGUGGUAGGGGCGAUAUUUGCCUCUGCUGGUGCACUGCUUCUCAUUCUGGCUGGAUGGUUUGUGCUGAAGAAGGUUUGGUAGGAUGAUGACCUACCUUGUGUUUUCAAAAAUAGGAGCCAGCAGCCGAGCAUCUGCUCUGAGCUUGAGCAGCAAAAUUUGAUCCACCUGAUAAGACAGCUCAGUAUAACAUAGCACCUUAAUGAAGCAUAGAAGGUUCUUGGGUUCACAUGAUUAAAUCAAAUAUAUUUAUAAAUGCAUGACGGAACUGCAAGAUCAUUAACAAUAUUUGAAUUUUGUUCUUUAGAUUAUAAAAAAGGUACUUUCAAAUCAUCCCAAUGUAUACACAGUACAGAUGCACCGAUACUAAAUUUCUCAGCUGAUACCAAUAACCGAUUAUUCAGAGUUAUAUUGGCCGAUACCGAUACCGAUACCAAUAGUUCUGCCUUUUAUGCCUUCUUUUAAAUAAUAAUUCCACAGUAAUAAUUCCACAAUAAUAAUGAAUUCCACAGUUCUAAAGGAAGUGCAAAUGAAAAAUUUAUUCUCUCCAUUUGAACAAGUUGUUUCACAGUAACUGGUCUCAUAAACAGAAAACACAUUACUCAAAUUAACAUUAACACAUGAACUAAAUUCUGAAGAUUAUAGUAAGAUUUCUUAACUUAUUGAAUGUUAUUAAUUCUUAUUAACAUUGACUGAAUUCUAAAAAAAACUCCUGUUAGUCUCACAUUCACUCACCACAAACAAAAGCAUUUCUACUUCAUCAUUGAACAACAAAUAUAUAAUAUAAACUUUUUUUAUAUUUACAUAUUAAC